AUGCAAAAGGUUGAUUGUCUUAUUGUGGGUGGUGGUAUUUUAGGUGUAGCUGUUGCUCGACAUCUACAAUCAACAUUUUCACAUUUGAAAUGUUUAUUAGUCGAAAAAGAGAAUAUAUUAGCUAAACAUCAAACAGGUCAUAAUUCAGGUGUAAUUCAUGCUGGAAUUUAUUAUAAAACUGGCUCAUUAAAAGCAAAUCUUUGUAUUGAAGGUUUAAAAAGAAUCUAUGAAUAUUGUGAUGCUAAUCAUUUACCAUAUAAAAAAUGUGGAAAAUUAAUUGUUGCUGUUGAACGUGAUCAAUUAGGACGUCUUGAUAAUUUAUAUCGACAAGCAACAGAAAAUGGUGUUCAAGAUAUUAAAAUGCUUGAUUCAAAACAAAUUAGAGAAAUUGAACCUAAUUGUCGAGGUAUUCGAGCAUUACAUAGUCCACAUACAGGUAUUGUUGAUUAUGGUUUAUUAUGUCGACAUUUCGGUAAAACUUUUGAACAACUUGGUGGACGCAUUGUUCUUAAUUUUGAAGCAGAAAAAUUUCUUUCAUCUGGUGAUGCUUCUUAUCCAAUUCUUGUUAAAAGUAAAACAAAUUCAGCUAUUUUAAGUCGUUAUGUAAUAACUUGUGGUGGAUUACAAGCUGAUAAACUUGCUAUAGCUUGUGGAGGUUCAAAACAUCCCACUAUUGUACCAUUUCGUGGAGAUUAUCUUAAAUUAAAAAAUCCUAAUAAAGAUACAUUAAAAGUUAAUGGUAAUAUUUAUCCAGUUCCUGAUCCGAGAUUUCCUUUUCUUGGUGUUCAUUUCACUCCAAGAAUGGAUGGUUCAGUUUGGCUUGGUCCUAAUGCGGUACUUUCUAUGAAACGUGAAGGAUACGGUCUGUUUGAUUUCAAUAUUCGAGAUACAAUCGAUCAUGCAUUGAAUAGUGGUCUUCGUAAUCUUGCUUGGAAACAUAUGAGUUAUGGCUUUAGUGAAAUGCGUCGUGCUUAUUCACUAUCGGCUACGGUGAGAGAAUUGCAAAAAUUUGUACCGGCUCUCACUGUUAAAGAUGUUGAAAGAGGUCCAAGUGGUGUUCGAGCACAAGCUUUAUCAGCAGAUGGAAAUCUUGUUGAAGAUUUUAUCUUUGAGACAGUUAACACUGGUCAUUUAAAAAAUCUGAUUUUACAUGUACGAAAUGCGCCAAGUCCUGCAGCAACAUCAUCAUUACCGAUUGCUGAUAUGAUUGUAGCCAAAGCAAAAGAAUGCUUCAAUCUUUAA